AUGACAAAAAGCUUCGCCAAGCUGGGUUGUUCGGGAAAGUUUCCUGGAAAUGUCGAGAGAGAUUUAAUGAGAUUGCUGGAGCUUCCAUUGAAUCUGCACUAUGUGGACAUCCCUGUGAUCGGGGCUUCGGAUCGAAGAAGUCGGCAAAACUUGAGAUUGCCUUUCAUCAUGCCCCACGAGCUGGUGCACUGGCUGCACGAGAAUGGACGGGUGCAGAUUCCACAGUCGGAGGUGCAAUAUUAUUGGCAACAUCUUUCAGAACAUCAAGACUGGGCUGGAGUUCACCCUGGUUUCGGCUGCAUGCCGUUAGGAACCCACCAGGCUCGCUAUCCCCUGAUGAACCUGAGAGAGUUCAUUUGCUUGGGGAUGGAAAGCCUCAGCCCAGUACUCGAAAUCAUAACCUGGUCCAUCAACCAACUGGCCCUCGGUAUUCACCCAGCUACUGAUCAUGAAGGCAACCCGUACUCCGGACGCUACCGGGCUGGCACACCCAUAGCAGGAGGCAAGCACUUCGUGCUGGAGUAUAGAGGCGACUGGAAAUGGCAAAAGUUUCUCUUCCGAUUGAGGCAUUCGCAAGCCACGAUGACAGCAGGUCAAUUGACCUUUGAGGGAGGGGCGUAUCCCUGCCUCAACUUCAAGGCAUGGAAUUCCAGGUUGGUGGUCUUAUUCUUUGAGGUGGUACUUCGUGACCUCUGCCAGAGCUCGAUUGACCAAGUGCUCGACCCGACACUGAAGGAAGAGCUUGAGGUCGCUUCUGCUUGUGCGACAGCUAUGUGUGCGUUCUUGGACACGAUGGAACAAAGUGGCAGGUACUUGUCCAAGGAGCAAGCUGAAAGCAUGCAUCGCUCCUGCUGUCUGUUCCUUGACCUAUACCAGGUCCUCGUUUUGUUGAGCCAGCGACGGAAACAGCCUCGCUGGAAAGGCAUCCCCAAACACCAUUCUUGGUUGCAUUUGUGCGAAGAUCAGAUAAGCAGUCUCCUCAACUGCCGUAUGUGUCACAGCUUCGUGGAUGAGGACUUCAUAGGAGUCUGGAAGAAAUUAGUGCUGGCCGUGCCCAAACCAUUACUGGAGUACCGAUGCCUGUGCAGAUAUCUGUUGAGGCUGCGAGUCCGAUGA